UUAUGUUUGUGUGCUUUUCUUCUCUUUGUUUUGUUGCCAAGACGAUUAGUUUCUUGCUUCUUCUAGGGUAUAGCUUGCCUCCUUAUGUUGGGCUUUACCCUUUAUUAUCCUUUGUAGUGCUGGAUUUGUAGAAAGAUAUUGUGUAAAUUUGGUUUUGUCAUGGAAUAUCUUGGUUUCUCCAUCUAUGUUAAUUGAGAGUUUUGCAGGAUACAGUAACCUGGGCUGGCAUUUGUGUUCUCUUAGGGUCUGUAUGACAUCUGUCCAGGAUCUUCUGGCCUUCAUAGUUUCUGGCGAGAAGUCUGGUGUGAUUCUGAUAGGUCUGCCUUUAUAUGUUACUUGACCUUUUUCCCUUACUGCUUUUAAUAUUCUUUCUUUAUUUUGUGCGUUUGGUGUUUUGACAUUAUGUGACGGGAGGUGUUUCUUUUCUGGUCCAAUCUAUUUGGAGUUCUGUAGGCUUCUUGUAUGUCUAUGGGUAUCUCUUUUUUUAGGUUAGGGAAGUUUUCUUCUAUGAUUUUGUUGAAGAUAUUUACUGGUCCUUUGAGCUGGGAGUCUUCACUCUUUUCUAUACCUAUUAUCCUUAGGUUUGAUCUUCUCAUUGAGCAGCAACCAGGAAGAUCUGCGCCGCUCUUUCCGGGAGCCUCCGUGCACCAGGGUUCCAGAUGGCGUUUGGUGUUUUCCUCUGGCGUCUGGAUGUGCACAGAGUGCAGUCUCUUCUGGUUUCCCAGGCGUGUCCGCCUCUCUGAAGGUUUGGCUCUCCCUCCUACAGGAUUUGGGUGCAGAGAACUGUUUAUCCGGUCUGUUUCCUUCAGGUUCCGGCGGUGUCUCAGGCUCAGGGAUCCUGCCGCUCCUGGGCCCUCCCCUACGGGAGCCCAGAGGCCUUAUACAGUUGCCUCUUGGGCCAGGGAUGUGGGCAGGGGUGGGCAGUGUUGGUGGUCUCCUCCGCUCUGCAGCCUCAGGAGUGCCCACCUGAUCAGGCGGUCGUUUUGUUUUUUUUAAGACAGGGUUUCUCUGUGGAGCCCUGGCUGUCCUGGAACUCACUCUCCAGACCAGACUGGCCUCCAACUCACAGAACUGCCUUCCUCUGCCUCCUGAGUGCUGGGAUUAAAAACAUGUCCCACCACUACCAAAAAGAAGAGGGGGAGGAGACAGAGAAGAACCAUUUGCUGUUGUUUGACACGAUCUCCUGCAGCCCACGAUGACUUCAGAAGACUUGAGCCAACUCUCCCGGCUCGUUUCCAGCAUCGCAGCGCCCACGUUUCUCUGGCAUCUUCUGCGCCCACUCUGGACCUCCACGUGGGAGUCCUUGAUGUGGAUUCUAGGGUCGGGAGGUGAAUCUGCUAUACUUCGACAGAGGAGCAGGAGAGCAGCUACUGGCCACAUUGUUGCUGAAUUGCCCUGCCAGCCAUGUCUGCCACCCAUCACAAGACCCCUCUGCCUCAGGGUGUCCGCCUGGGCACCGUCAUGAGAAUUCGAGGCGUGGUCCCUGACCAGGCUGGCAGGUUCCAUGUAAACCUGCUAUGCGGCGAGGAGCAAGAGGCAGACGCCGCCCUGCACUUUAACCCGAGGCUGGACACAUCCGAGGUUGUCUUCAACACCAAACAGCAAGGCAAAUGGGGCCGUGAGGAGCGGGGCACCGGCAUCCCCUUCCAGCGUGGGCAGCCCUUUGAAGUGCUCAUCAUCACCACAGAGGAAGGCUUCAAGACUGUGAUCGGGGAUGACGAGUAUCUCCACUUCCACCACCGGAUGCCAUCCUCUAACGUGCGCUCAGUGGAGGUGGGCGGAGACGUGCAGCUGCAUUCUGUGAAGAUCUUCUGAGCAAGGACCCAGGGGCUUGGCGAGUGGGGGUGGGGUUUCGUCAGAUCGUAGAGGAGGGUUGUGGAUGGCGAAUAAACUGUAGCUGUAGUUCC